AUGACGACGACGAUGAAGGAUACGGCGGGCGAUGCCUGGUGGCAUCACCAAUACGAGAAGGCCGGCACGUUCGCUGGAUGGGCAACCUUUGUGGCUGCUGUGCUGGGUGGCGCCUGGGCCAUCUUCUUGUUUUAUAAGAAGGCCAAAGAGAUUGAGGAGGCGAUUCCUCAGGUCCACCGAGUCCUCCUGGCCCCCAGGUCAUCCCAGUCCUCCUGGCCCCCCAGGUCCUCCCGGUCCUCCCGGUCCUCCUGGUCUCCCUGGUCACCCCGGUCCCUCCGGUCCUCCGGGCCCCUCUGGUCCCUUGUGCCGGUGCCGUUGCACUCCCGGCCCGAAUACCGCGUGGAUCCCUCUUCCUCCCUCACCGACUCCUUCUUCUCCUCCUUCUCUCCCUUCUCCUCCUCCUCCUCCUACUACUACUCCUUCAACCUCCGGCCACCACUCUCGCCUCCCGCGCCCAUACCGUCUGACUGUAAUGCCUACCUCGGCCAAGGAGCAGCAGCAGAAGCAGAAGAAGAUGAAGAAUAA